AUUGGCUGCUGGCCGUAUCCGGUGGGGCAGCGGUCCAGGGCUCGGGGAAGAAAAAAAAUCGAAGCGAGGAGGAUCUGGUAACGGUUCGCUGCUGAAAAACAUCGUCCAUCCCGAGUCUCCAGCGAAGGACUCGGCAGGAAAUCGUACACUUUCCCUACAAAGGUUAGAGGUCACACAGCAGCGUCGCCGUUGUCGUCAUGGCAUCUGGAAGUACGAACAGUGAGGAGGAGCGGAGCCUGAGGGAGUGUGAGCAGUACGUGCAGAAACACAACAUUCAACAGCUGCUGAAGGACUGCAUUGUCCAGCUGUGCACCUCCAGGCCAGACAGGCCCAUGGCCUUCCUCAGGGAGUACUUCGAGAGGCUGGAGAAGGAGGAGGCCAAGCAGAUUCAGAACCAACAGAAGGCAGGCAGUUCCCGUUCAGACUCACGCGAUGAGGAGGUGUCUCCACCUAUGAACCCGGUGGUAAAAGGUCGCCGGCGGAGAGGAGCCUUUAGCGCAGAGGUUUACACAGAGGAAGAUGCAGCCUCAUAUGUCAGAAAGGUCAUUCCUAAAGACUACAAGACGAUGGCAGCCUUGGCCAAAGCUAUUGAAAAGAAUGUGCUCUUCUCCCACCUGGAUGACAACGAGAGGAGUGACAUAUUUGAUGCCAUGUUUCCAGUCACCUACAUCGCUGGGGAAACAGUUAUUCUGCAGGGUGACGAAGGUGACAAUUUCUAUGUCAUCGACCAAGGAGAGAUGGACGUCUAUGUGAACAAUGAAUGGGUGACCAGCAUCGGGGAAGGAGGCAGCUUUGGAGAGUUGGCCCUGAUCUAUGGCACCCCGAGGGCGGCCACGGUCAGAGCCAAGACUAACGUCAAGCUGUGGGGCAUCGACAGAGACAGCUACAGGAGAAUACUCAUGGGAAGCACUUUGAGAAAGAGGAAGAUGUAUGAGGAAUUCCUCAGGAAAGUGUCCAUUCUAGAGUCCCUUGACAAGUGGGAGCGUCUGACAGUCGCUGAUGCCUUGGAGCCCGUCCAGUUCGAGGACGGACAGAAGAUUGUCGUGCAGGGAGAACCUGGAGACGAGUUCUUCAUCAUCUUAGAGGGCUCUGCAGCUGUGUUGCAGCGUCGCUCAGAGAACGAGGAGUUUGUGGAAGUGGGGAGACUAGGACCAUCUGACUACUUUGGUGAGAUCGCUCUGUUGAUGAACCGUCCCCGUGCUGCCACCGUGGUCGCCCGCGGCCCCCUGAAGUGUGUCAAGCUCGACCGGCCUCGCUUCGAGCGCGUCCUGGGUCCCUGCUCCGACAUCCUCAAACGUAACAUCCAGCAGUACAACAGCUUCGUCUCGCUGUCUGUCUGAAGGGGGCGUGUCUCUCCUCCUCCUCCUCCUCCCUACCUCCCUCUCCUGCUCCCACCCUACCUCCCUCUCCUCUUCCACUCUCCUUUUAGACCCAGGGUCCACCAAUGCAAUUUGCUUUUUUGUCACUUUUCUUCUUCUUCUUCUUCUUUCUGUUCACUUUUUCUCCUCCUCCCUCUUUGUUUUCCUCACGGAUGAUUUUGUUGUUACCACCCGUCAGGCAGAGGUGACUUUUUAGCCAUUCACCAGCGCUUGUACCAGCUGCUGUACGCUACCUUGUAGGCACAGUUACAUCACGUUAAUUAUGUUAUAAAUGUAUUUGCUGGUUAUGGUUUUAUUUUUCGAAUUAAACACAUAACAGGAUUGUUAGGAGAUCUGAAAGACACUUGGGUCUCACGCUGAUGAGACAGGACAAUCAAACUUUACAUGGCGCUUUGUUACAGAAUUAUGUUGUAGGUUGAAGUGAAGAGGAUUGAUUCUUCCCCCGAGUUUUUCUUUUUUGGACAUCAGUCAGAUGAACAGUGUAGAGCAGAACCUAGAAACUGUAGGAGGCAGGAAGUAUUUGACUGCUUCGAGUUUAGUUUUUAGGUUUCAGCUGCGACCUGAAGCUCCGUUUCUUAUUUUGCGGUUGCCGUUGUGAUUGGUAUGAUGAGAUUGGUGAUUUUUUGCUUAGUUUGGGUGAGCUUGUGCAACUUAAAGGUUCUUAUUUAAUUGUGCAGCUACCAGGCUAGUGCCAAAUGUUGGUUAUUUUUAAAAACGCAAAGAUGCAUAGCUGUGGAAAUGCAGUGCGUGUUCUGUUCCCCUGGCUGUUUGAAGCCCCCAAAACAGGAAGUAGUUAUUAUUACCCUUAUCAUCCUCUUAAUCGGUAGAAUGACCAUACAAGAACUGCCUUGACUACUCUGAGGGGAAAAAAAGUAAAAAAGAGAGGAAAAAAAAACAAGAGUAUUAAGUGUAUUUCAGUAUUCAUUUUUUUAGUAUAUACCAAAUAACUUGGUCACUCUUCUGCUAUGGUUUGUAAUCAAAAAUAUUAUCAUAGUAUAGAAAAAUCGAUCAUUGUUCUAUUACUAUCAUUGACGAAAUGAUAAACUUAUGGUUUGGAGUGAUGGUGAUCUUAAAAAAAUAUGUUUAACUGUCUUUUGUAAACACUUAUUUUUCCAUAAAUUCUAUUUUAGGUGUCCAGUGCCACAAAGUAAAUAAAUGCUUCUUCUUGACAAAACAGUAUGUAAUUGUAUUGUGUAAAACGUCAUGGGUUUCAAACUUUUUAACAAUAGAUCAAAAGGGUAAAUACAGGUUUAUUGAAGUGACGUCUUGGAAGAAAAAAAAAGUUUAAGCAAACCAGGUGGUUUGUGGAUUUUCAGGACAUCCGAAGUAUUUAUGUAUGGAAGCAUCACAGGCGAGCUGACGGCCAGCGUGAGCAGAUAUUUAUUUAAAACUAGUGUCAUUGCUUAUUGCCUAUUUGAAAAAGGUGGCUGUCUUCUCAUCAGAGUAGCUUGUGAUCUGUUCUCUAUGCUUACUUGGCAUGAUGUUUUAGGCAUCCAGUGAUCCGGUAUGAAUGGAAGCGUGAAUUUAAAAAGAAAAAAACUAUAUAAAAAAAGUGUCCUGCAGCUGCUUGCAGACGCAGGACCUCUGUCAAAUAUUUGGUUUGUUACUCCCUAGCUUAACUGCUUCAUGACUAUUUAGAUAAAAUGUUAAGUCUUUUUCUUUCUUUCUUUCUUUUUUUUUUGUUUUGAAAAGAUCUUUACCAAAUCACACAAUGUUGACUUCUGGAUUUUCAGCUCAACUCUUCAUUCCUGCUUCACUGUCUUUUACCAGAAACCGCCCAGAACCAGUCACAUCUCUGUUUCUAUUGGCUUUUUUUUUUGUUUUUGUCUCAUUCAAAGCACUUGUACUCGCUCGGAACCGAGAUGUGUGUUUGUACGUCCAAAACGAUUUGAUUUUGGUGCCGAUUGCAGGGUCGUCAGAUCAGCGAUGAGAGUUUUCGUUCACGGACAUUUUUUUCUUUCUUUACAGUUAUUUGAGCAUCUUCACGUGUUUCCUCCCUCAGCCCUCGGGUUGUCCUUGUGGAUGUGGUUACAUGUGGAUUUGUGUUGAUCCUGAUCCACAGGAAGUGACUGUGUUAGGGGCGAGGGUUUCAUGCACCUUUUUGUCGACGUAUCGUUUUCCUGUAAAUAGCGAUAUCACCGGUUUUAUUCCAAAAUGUUUUUAGCCACACUGCAAUCGUCCCGGUUUGCCUUAGCUUACCUUACCUGGGCUUACAGUAGUAGUCGGUCACUCCUGCUAGCCCGACCUUCAGUGAGUUUGUUAGACCUGCCGCUCGAGAGAGAGCAGCAGGCGAUCAGAGGACCAUUCUUUUUCUAUUCUACCCUGUAUUCAGUUUGACCUCCUGUAUGUGCAAAGAUGUUUAUCCUUUUGGUAUAGAUUGUUCCAGAUGGCAGUUUAAGCAAUAAAAAAGUAAAAAUGA